AUGCGUCUGCAAUUGAUCUGUACGCUGUUCAUGGGAACAGUGAUUGCCGUGCCCUAUGGUGGCCAGGAAUACCGAAAGGGUGCACAGCGGCCCACCACUUUGACCAUGUCCGGAUCUACACCAAUAAAAGGCGCGACUACAACUGCCCGUACACCUCCAUAUCCCUCAUUAGAUGCCCAGAAGAGAAUGCUGCCGUAUGAAUAUGAGCUCCUUUCAACUAUUUUGAGUAUAUAA